CACGCAUAUCGCGCACACAAGACGACAAAAAUUUUCUAAAAAUACACAAAAACUGAAUUUAAAUAUACAUGUAUAUUUUUACAGUUUAUUAAAUUAAAAAAAAAAUUAAACUAGCCUCCGUAUAAAAAAAACAAUUAAGCCUAGUGUUGGGAUAUAAUAAUUUCGAAAUAAAAAAAAUUUCCACACUUUUUUUUUUUUUUUUUCCCACCUUUUUUACUCUCUCUUUUUCUAUGUCUGUAUAAUUUAUUUGGACUUGAUUACUUACUUAAUAAUAGUGUUGAUAAAAAAAUAAAUAAUUUUUUUAUUUUUGUUUACUAAUGAUUUAAUAAAAAAAUUUGUUAAUUUGUUGAUUUCGAUUGUGUGAUUGCGUUAGAUUGCCGCGUGUCACUCGACACGUUGCUUUAUAAAUUUGUAUACACGUGUGAACUUGACUUGUCAUACAAGGGAUUUAACUUGUCAGUGAUAUUUAUCCUUGACAUAUACAUGGAUGUUAAUGUGUUUUAAUAUUGUCAUUAAAUAAUCAAAUAUACAUUUUUUUUUGUGUGAUUAAAACUGGUGGUUUUAUAUAUUUUAAUUUUAUUUUUAUUCAUGUGCUCACAAAUUGGAUAAUAUUAUCAUAAUUAAUGUGAAUUUUUUUAAUUUGUGUUGUUGGUUUAAAUAAGGUCAAUGCUGUAUACUUGAAUAUAUUUUUGAAUUUAUAUUUUUAAAAAGAUAAUUAAAAAAAAGGAUUGUAUUCUUUUUUUUUUUUUCAACUCUUUUUCGUGGUAUCUGAUUUAAAGACUUUGUUGAACUGUCGAUAUGUACAUUCUAACAUGUGAAUUUAUUCAAGGUCAUUUUAAAUAUCAUUAAUUACUUGAAACUCUUGAUAUUUUUUUAUAAUAAUUAAAACUUAACUAACAAUAAAAAAAAGGCAAAAAAAAAACAGUGAAAAAAUUAAAUUAUUGUAUUUUUAAAAACAGUGAAAUUAAAAUAGCAAAAAAUAUUAAUUAAAACUAAAGUGCAAGUGUAGAAAAUGAGUGACAAUAUAACUUUAAUAAAAUUACAUUUAUUCAGGUAAAAUUGUGUUAGUGUAUGUGUGUUGGAAAUAAAAUAAACAAAAAAAAAUUUAAUUAAAAAAAAACGUGAAAAGAUAUUUAAAAAAUAUUUAAGAACAAAUUAAAAAUAAAAUUAGUCAACGGGGAACUAAUUAUUAUAGACAAGGUUUAGAAGAAUAUAAAAAAAAUAUAAAAAAUCAAAAAGGAGACAACAAGAGGACAGCAUGGACGCUGGAUACUCGAUGCUAAGUGGUGACCUAGACGUUUGCAGGAUGUUUGAUCAGUACGCGUACAAGAGAAGCGACAACCUCGACUUGUCACUUAGCGUGCCACAGCAUCAUCAAACAACGUACCACCACGACGGCGGUUACAACAUGGCUGAUCAGACAUUUCACACACCAAGCUUUGGUGACGAGGACUUUGACAUCCCGGCAAUUCAUCCACAUCAGCAUCAGCAGCAACAACAACAACAGCAGCAACAACAACAACACCAUCAACAACAACAACAUGAUCCAAUGCAUGGAUAUCAAACCCAGUUGAUGCAAGGUGGUGGCAUGCAGCAAUCACCAGACGGUUUGAGUCUGGAUCCAGGUGGAUAUCAACAGCCCCUCUAUUUGCAAGAUCAACACACGAUGCAGCAAAUCAACGUCAGUUCAGCAUAUUCAAGUCCACAGACGUCUUACUCAUCAAUGAGUCCACCGGGACAACAGCAUAGUGGUCAACAAUUAUUAUUGUUGCAGCAACAACAUAAUCAACAACAACAGCAAGUUCAACAACAAGUCCAAAUGCAACACAUGCAAUAUAUACAUUCACAACAACAGCAACAACAACAACAGCAACAAGCCCAACAGAUGCAUUCACAACAACAACAAGUACAACAGGCACAACAACAACAACAACAACAACAAGCACAACAACAAAUGGUAUAUAGAAGUCCAACUGGAGGUAGUCCACCUGCAAUACAACCAAAUGCUAUUCCUGAAAAUAAUAAUACAACAACAAGUGAGGACAGUGAUGAUAGCACACCUCAUUCAUUGAUCACUGGAAUCAAAAGACCAUCACCAGAACCAGCAGACGUUGUUACAAAGACCCAAAAGAAACCAAAAGCACAAAAGAAAAAAAAGAAGAGAGAUCCAAAUGAACCACAAAAGCCGGUUUCAGCAUAUGCGUUAUUCUUUCGAGACACACAGGCUGCUAUUAAAGGACAAAAUCCAAAUGCUAGUUUUGGCGAAGUUUCGAAAAUUGUUGCAUCAAUGUGGGAUGCACUUGAUACUGAACACAAAAAUGUUUACAAGAAAAAGACUGAGGCAGCAAAAAAAGAAUAUUUAAAAGCAUUAGCAGCGUACAGAGCAUCUGUUGUGAGUAAAAGUGGUGAAGGUGAACAACCACAACAGUCACCACAAUCUUUACCACCACCACCACAACAACAGCAGCAACAACAGCAACAACAACAACAACAACAACAGGCACCACCACAACAAGUUCAGUAUGGUGGAUAUGGUGGUUAUCCUGGUAAUCAAGGUCCAGGAAAUGUUGCUUAUCAAGUGUACAGUCCUCCACAACAACCUCCAUCACCUCAGCAACAACAUCAACAACAUCAAAUGGCCAUUAAAAAAUCACCACAUCAUUUGAGUGGUAUGCAACAGACUCAUCAGCAACAGCAGGCUAUGAUGGGCAAUCCUAUGGCACCACCACACAUGACACCACAACACAUGCAACAACAAGUCACACAACAGCAAUAUAUGCAGCAGGUACCACAACAACAACAAGUGCAAGUACAACAACAACAAGUGCAACUUCAACAACAACAACAACAAAUAAUGCACAUGAGUCCACCACGUGCUGAUUCAUUAUCAAGUCCACCACCAGUUGUUGGUCAACAAUCAGGUCUUGUUCAACGACCACAAUCAAAUUCAUGUAUUCGUCAUGGUUGUCCAAAUCCAGCAGUUGCUAAUAAUGAAUGGGAAGAUGAAUAUUGCAGCAAUGAAUGUGUAGUUAGCCACUGCAGGUUUGUGGAUGUUUUUACAACGUGGGUAUCAGCAAAUCCAUCGAAUCAACAAAAUUUUUCAACAGUAAAGUAAAUAGAUUCUACACAAACAAUCAGAAAUAAAUUAUUUAAAUAAUAACGAUGAUGAUGAUUAAAUGAAUCAACUAAUUAUAUGACGUCUUGAUGAAUCAUUAAAAUGACUUUUCUUUUUUUGCUUGAUGCAUCAAGAUGAUGUUGAUGAUGAUAAAAUACUGAUUAAUAAAUAUAAAAUAAAAGUUAUGAUUAAAAUGAUAAAUAAACACAAACUUUACACAAUUAUGUACAUAAAAAUUUAGAGGAAAAAUUGAUUUAAAUUGUGAGACGUUGUGAUUCGCUAAAGUGGGACAAUCAAAUGCAUAUUUGAGACUUGAUUUUUGUCUUAAAUGUUAACGCGAAUUGAACCAAUUACACAUGUAUAAAUAAAAGAAAAAAAAAACAAACAAAAUAUAUUUGCCAAUUGGCAACAAGGCAACUUUGACUGUAAAAUAUUUUUAAAUAAUUUAACAGAAUAAUUUCUUGUUAAAUGGAAAAUAAUAUAAAAGAGCCUUUGACUAUUUCCAACGUCAUUAUUUCAUGCGUAUACGUAUGUCCAAUUAUUUAUUUAAAAAUGAAAUUUUAAUAAAUACAAAAAUUUCAUUUAUUUAAUUUUUAAAUUAUGUAUCUUGAAUUUAAUUAUUAAUAAAUAGUUUAUAUUUUUAAAAAUACAACUCUGCAUCACAAUGAGUACAAGUUGAUUAAUAAAAAAAAAAAAAAAUAAACUGAUGUCUGUGGUAUUAGCUGGCAGUGCCAUUGCCGGUUGUUGCAAAUUUUAUUUUUCAAUUUAUUCAAUUUAGAUAGAAAUAUUAAUGGAAAAAAUAUUAAUUAAUUUUUGUUUUUUUUUUUUAAUAAACAUACGUAUAAAUUAUAAAUAAUCAACGAGAUUUAUUCUCGAUUAAUAAAAUUUAAAAAUAACAGUCAAGUUGCAAUUGUACUUGCAUGAAAAAUUUAAAAAAUAAAUUUCGAUUAAAAUAUUUCGAAAAUAGUUUUUUUAAAAAAAAGAAAAAAAUUAAUUUUUCAUUUAUUAAUUUUUAAGAAAUAAAUAUUAUACUAAGCUAGUGUUUCCAGGAAUUUUUAAAUAAUUAUUUUUUUAUUAUCUAUAAUAAUUUUCAUUUUAAAAAAUAAAUUUUCUUUUUUGCUUUUCUUUGUUAUAUCCUGUUUUUUUUUUUUUUUUUUUUAACUAGUUUGUAAUUUAAUUACCGUACACUUUGUAGUCUGCAAAUUGUUUAUUUUUUUUUUAUUGUUUUUUAAUUAUUUAAUGAUAAAGUUGAAAGUUUAACAGUUAUCUCGUGAUAGAAUUAUUAACGAUCGCAUAAAUUUUUCAUUUUUUAAAUGUAUUUUUUUAACGAAAAAAAUAAACGAGAAUAAUUGUUAAUAA